AUGUCAAAACCAGCCAUCACAACACAGGAUUCCAUCACGGUGGAGACAUCGUUUGAAGAACACGUCACAGAGUUUUGUUAUGGCGAAUUACAGAACUUCCGGUGGAGGAGAAAGUGGACAUCGUCAUGGUUUGCGCUUUUAUUGCACUCUGACAAGAAAAUAGUACUACAAGCGACAGUUCAGGGUGCCAUCAGCUGGAUCCAGGCGGGACUUCCACUGAAAAAGUUAAAAAUAGUAGUGUUUGGCGAUCAAGAUGCUGAUCUUAACAAGUGUUUCACCAGUUUAAAAGAGAAACAUGUGAAAACGCAUAGACUACAGAAGAAAAACAUUCUCUCGUACGAUAUAUUUCUUGAUUACCAACCAAGUGAUAUGUCGAUAGUGAAAACCUUGUCCAAGAAUCUUAGAAACCGGAAAAAAGGUUCAACUAUUUACUCCAAUACUUCAAAGUUUGAUGAAAAAGAAGAGGAAUUUCGGUCGGAAAGGAUGUCAAAACCAGCCAUCACAACACAGGAUUCCAUCACGGUGGAGACAUCGUUUGGAGAACACGUCAUAGAGUUGUGUUAUGGCGACAUUACAGAACUUCCGGUGGAGGAGAAAGUGGACAUCGUCAUGGUUUCCGCUUUUAUUGGCGACUAUUCCCCGGUGCAUAGAACUUUAAUAGGAGCUCUGCAUCAUAAUCUGGGGAUAUCUGUGCGUCUCCUGUCCCGAGAAAAAGACAUGGACCUCCGCGUUCACUACUCUUGUUGGCUUUCAAAACCGUUACCCCCGGGCCUACCUUUUGGGCGUGUGCUAUGCUUUGAAAAAACUAGAGGAACUGAUAAUGAUUCACUCACUCGACAAAUCAGAGACAUGUUCAAAGUUUUGGUCCCUGUCCUUAAAAACCAAAGCACAACAAUCAUUACACCUUUACUGGCGACAGGAUGCCAGAACUCUGACAAGAAAAUAGUACUACAAGCGACAGUUCAGGGUGCCAUCAGCUGGAUCCAGGCGGGACUUCCCCUGAAAAAGUUAAAAAUAGUAGUGUUUGGCGAUCAAGAUUCUGAUCUUAACAAGUGUUUCUCUAGUUUGAAAGAGAAACAUUUGAAAACGGAUAAACAGAAGAAAAACAUUCUUUCGUACGAUAUAUUUCUUGUUUACCAACCAAGUGAUAUGUCAAUAGUGAAAACCUUGUCCAAGAAUCUUAGCAACCGGAAAAAAGGUUUGACUAUUUACUCCAAUGCUUCAAAGUUUAAUGAAAAAGAAGUCUGGCAGCAAGGAAUCUUUGAUCUUAUGAUGGGAAGUAAAAGAAUUGUUCCAGUACUGACCUGUAGCUUUGUUCAGAGUGGAGAAUGUUUGGAGAUGUUCAACAUGGCGAUCUGCUGUACCCGUCGCCGGGGGAAGGAUUUUCUAGUCCCUUUGUAUUUCGAAACAAUUCAAAUUAUUCCAGUCAGCAUUAGUCUGGUUCAGUUCCUUGACUGCAGGGUACGAAAAGAGGGCGAGACAGCUGAGGAAAAAAUGGAGAUGGCAUGCAUUCGACUUAUGUUGACAGAGCCAGAAGAGGAGGAAAAAGUUACUAGUGAGGGAGAAAACCAAUUCAGUCAUGACGUCUUUAUUUCCUACGCUCACAAAAAUCCCAAUGAAGCGCAUUUAUUGCUAGUAGAGUUUGAAAAACAGUUUCCAGAUCUUGACGUUUUCUUUGACAGACAGGAUUUACAAGUCGGUGGUUUGUGGCAGAAGAGUCUGUAUUACUCCCUGGACUCGGUGAAAUGCGUUAUCGCCCUUGUAUCACGCAGUUAUUUGUCGUCUGUGAUUUGUCAAGAAGAAUUCAAUAUCGCAUUGUAUCGCUGUCAUAGGACACCAGAGGAUUUUCUACUCAUACUUGUUUGCAUUGAGGAUCUGCCAUCUGUCCCUUGUUGCUACGGUGAACAUAAACUGAUAGACGGCAGAGGAAACCAGUACAAUGAACUGGUCCCCAAUCUUGUUAAGGAUGUAGCACAUUGGGUUCUAGAAAAGAAAAGACCAACUUAUCUUGCAAACACAUCUACAGAGGUUUCUCAAUAUUUCGACUUUGCAAAGCAGUCUGAAAUUAGAAAGAAAGCAAUUUAUGACAAUUACAACAUGAAAAUUAAUAGCAUCGAGAGAAAGGUUCCUUUUGAUAUGAAACCUUUGGACCAGUCUUUGUGUCACGUGGUGGUCAGCGUCAGUCAGAAUGACCUCAGUUUGGCCACAAGUUUCUUGCAUCAGCUGCAGAAAAUUAGUCCAGACAUCAACACUGUUCUUAUCAGCGACAACACAGGCAUUGAUUUGAAGUGCUUACAGACAGCUCAAAAGAUCGUUGUUUUUAUAUCAAAACAGUAUCUAGAGUCAGCUCAUCACUUAGAAGAAUUAUUUAUCGCCAUCAUCCGCCAGCGGAGUGAAAAAGAGAGGAAGGUGUUAUACGUCUGUCAGUCCAUGGAAGUAGAGAAACCCGCCUUUGCAAAUUUGUUACCAGUAGAUGUGUGUUUGAGGGAUGAGUAUUGGGAAAAGAUGUUCAAUGAAUCAAGCAAAACGGUCAAACUGGAUAUAAUGGAACUGAAAGGGUCAUUCUCAUACAAAUCACAGGACUUUGCAGCCAUGACCAAACUAGCAGACGAGAUAUUGCUUGAAUUGGCAGGUCACACGCAGUCUAAACCGUCACCAAUCAUUGCAAAUGCAGGGAAAGGAAACUCAAAUGAAUUGGUGGAAUUAGAGAAGUGUCUUUUAAAAACGGGACUUUCUUCUAAGAAAUUUGGGGCAGAUUCAACAGAUGCUGUUUCCAGAUCUCCUGCAAAAGGAAGCAGCUUGUCCAAAGAAAGAACAGAAAAUGUUCCAAAAUUGGAACCUCCCACAUCAGAAGACAACCAUCCAAACCAGUCAGUUUCAAAUUCUAGAUCUAAAAGUGCACCAACUAACACUGGAAACAAAUCUUCAUCAUGCAAUAUUCUAUAG